CUUCCCAAUUUCCACACACUCUAACCUACCUUCCCGCCAAUCUCCUCCCCCCUCCAAAACCCUCAGGUAAACCCUCAGAUUCCUAACUCACCGGAGAAAACAUGGAACCCCGUCACCCCGUCGCACGAAAACUACAGAGAAAACCCCUCGGAGACUGCACCAACACCAUCUCCCGAACCAGAACCACCCAACGACAGUCAUCUUCUUCUUCCUCCUCCGUCAAAUUCGCGAAUCCGAGCCUCACUUCUUCUCUCAAGAGGUUAGUACAUCAGACCUCUCUCAAGGAGAAGAAACACAACGACGUCGUCGUCGUCGAUGACUCGAAAUCUCGCCCCGUAACCGCUCCCAAGCCUCUUUCCACGAGCGUAAGGGCGGUAACUCGCCGUAUCUCCGCCGAUCUCCGUUUUCCGGCCGCCGCGCCUUCUCGUCAUUCUCCGAAACCCAAAGAUGUCGACGAAUCGGAGGCUGCUCCCGCGCUCGCGAGGGCCGUGACUCGCCGCGUGUCUACCACCGAUCUGGAUUCUCCGGCGGUCUCCGCGCCUCCUCGUCGCCAAAACUCGCGCUCCGGCGAGGGCGUUGGUGGUGGUGGUGACAAGGAGGUUGCUGAGCCUUACUCUGUUUACACGGCUAGAAGGAAGGCUGCUUCUGGGAGGAAAAGGAGUAACGACGCAGCUUCCUCCUCUAGUGCACUGGUGAUAUCAAGCCCUGGGAAGAAAAGACGUCAAGCAAAUGAAAACACAGUCAAGCCCUCGAAAGUGGCUCCCAUAAAGAGGCAGCGAACAACAAAGCGUGAGGAAGAUAAUGUGGCUCAUGGAGUUUCUCAGGACUAUAUCGAGAAGCAGAGAGCUUACUUCGCAGAGAUCGAUGCAUUUGAGCUGGCAGAAGAAGAGGUAUCUAGUAGCGACUUAGACUAAGUAAGAAGUGAUAAACUAUCUUAAGGAUAUCCAUGACACACCUUAACACGUUCGUUCGUUCGUUCAUCACUGUAUAGCUAAGGUCUCUCUGCUCACAGAAAAUGUUUCACUCUUCUAUCUCUUAAAUACCCACGACAUGCCAAUAUCAGUUUAUAAUCUUUGUCUUGGGAGAA